GAGCCUGAAACUCCUUCAUGAAGGAUAGUUCAAAACUAUUUGAAGGUGUAUAACAUUGGAUAACAUUGUGUAUACAUUGGAUCAAUAAAAUUUAGCUCAAACUUAAAAAUUUCCCUCUUAAGAUCACAGAGCCUGAAACUCCUUCAUGAAGGAUAGUUCAAAACUAUUUGAAGGUGUAUAAAUAUAUAUGCAAUUUCUAGAGAGUCAAGAUGCAGUCAAGAUGCAGUAACUUGGCAGUAACAUUCAAGAGUCAAAGGGCUGACAGCAACUUGCAUAAUUAGCAGUGUUGACAGAAAAUCUGUUCUUUCCCUUUAACAACAAUUUACAAAUUAUCAAAAUCAAAUACUAAUGAAACAAAAUCUAAUUUAAUAUUUUAAUUAUACGUAAUAUGAAAUAAAUUAAUAAAAAAAAAAAAAAAAAAAAAAAAAAAACCAAUUAAUAAAAAAGAUAAUUUAAUAAUGAUAACUGACAUAAUAGGACAGUGUCGAAUUUGCAAUCAAAAGCACUUUCUUCAUGUAAGUGAAACAUCAGAACAUAAGGAGGAAAAUUUAAAAAUUUCUCAGGUAUACAACACAAUAUGCAAUUCGUGUAUGGCAAAAGUUGGAUUUCUCCCCUUGAAACAAUUAAUUUCCAAUAUUUCUAAGAAGAACAAUUUUCUAAUCUUCCCUGAAAAAAGAAAAAUUAUUCUCGUCGAUGCCUCAACAAAUACGGAAACAAAUAUCGACGAUGAAAAUCAAAAAUCAACUUUAGCAAAUGUAUCGAAAAAAGAGGAAAACAAUAAAAAACUCCCAACUAUUAAUAAUUAUUGUGUGGGAAAAACCGAACGUUCGUUAAAUUGCGAAUUUUGUAAGAAAGAAUUUACACACACAGGCGAUUUAAAUAAACACAGAAGAAAACAUACGGGGGAAAAACCUUAUGAUUGUUCAAUUUGUAAAAGAAAAUUUUCCCACGCAUCUAAUUUAGUGAGACAUCAACGAAUUCAUUCGGGAGAAAAACCUUUUUCUUGUCCAUUAAAAUGUGGCAGAAAUUUUACCAGGAAAGAUAAACUUUCUGAACAUGUUUCGAAAUAUCAUUCGAGUACGAAAAUAAAGCAUUAAAAAUAGAGAAGAAAGAGUAAAAUAUUAAUUAAUAAAAAAACAAAAUCAAUAAUUAUCGUAUAAUUUUAAUUAUACUUUGGUUGCCACAGAAAAUUAAUUAAUUUCUUUUUUU